ACUUGGAUGAUGAUGUUGAAAUUCGUAGACUUUGGACAGAAAGCAUUUAUGAUCAUCAACAAAAAUUUGUAAAGACUGAAGAAUUUUAUGAUUUUAUUAUUAUUGGAACUGGAACUGCUGGAUGCGUUUUAGCAAGAGAAUUGAUUUACAAUAUCCCUAACAUUAAUAUUUUGGUAUUAGAAGCUGGUCCACCAAAUACUCAUGUCAAUGAUAUAAUGCGUUCACCAUGUGCCUUUUUUACGGCUGCUCGAACAGGUGAAACAGAUUGGGGUUAUUUCACUGAAGAUCAAGUAAUGCCUGGUACUGUUGAUCCUACUGAAGAAGUAUUAAAGAAAGGUUUUCCUUAUCCACGUGGCAAGGUCAUUGGAGGAUGUAGUUGUGUGAAUGCAAUGGCUUAUAUGCGAGGUCAUAAAGCUGAUUAUGAAAGUUGGGCUGCUCAAGGUUCUGAAUACAUUAUUUGGAACUAUGAUCACUGCCUUGAAG